AUGGCCGAUGUCCAGCCCCGGGAUGCGGCGCAGUUCUACAACUUGCCAGAUCUCUACCCGGAGGAGUGGCCAGCUCAACUAGACUCCGACAGCGAGGGCGAAGGUGACGGCCCCGCGAAGAGUGAUGACUACCGCCGUCGGUCCCAGAUACGAUACUCCGGCUUGAUUCCAGGGAGGAGAGACCAGGAGAGGUUCAAGGCUGGCGAUGGCGCUGCGCUGAAAGACGAGCCUGACCCCCUUGGCGGGCCAGAUACGAUUCUAAGGACGCUGAGGAUGCGCGGGCUCCCAGUUGACGAUGAGAGAGUACGGAAGCAGUUCUUGCUUUCUUCCAAGUGCUUUUCAGCGUCUGAUUUCCUCUCCGAGACGCAGGAGUCAGCCUCGACCCAGUCGCUGCUUCAGGGGCUAGACUUCCUUUCGAGGUCAAUUGACGAGAAGUCUGCCUCGCUGAAGAUGCUGGUCGAAUCAAACUUCGAGAGAUUCGUGCGAGUCAAGGCAACGCUGGAUAAUGUCUAUACAGAAAUGAAGAAUAACGGUGAGAGUAAUUCGCGACUGCAUAGGUCUCCAUCUGGCGAGCACCGCAGGUCAGGCUCCCAAUUAGGCGCAUCGCCUUCCACAGGCUUAUGGCGAUCGAAGAGCAAGCCUACUCUCCGCGCAGAUAUACCUAGCUCCGGAAGCCUAACAAAUGUCUCUGGUAUCAGCACACCACUAGCAGAGGCAUCAGAACAAGCACAGGAACUAUGGAGUGAAGCCUUGAACGGCCAACAGCGCGAAGAAGGUCUCAAGUCUAUCUUGGAUGCAGUCGAAAAACAGCGUGAAAUGUAUGAAAUUGGAGGGCAUUUGUCCAAAUCCAUCCAGGAGCGCGAUUACCCGACAAUCUUCAAUCAGUAUAAUAGCGCAAGGAGAUUUGCAAACGAGGCAAAGGCCGUUGCGGAACGGGCAGCAUCAACUAAACAGCCACUCAGAGAUGAACAGGUCUAUACGAUUUUGGUCACCGGAAGAAUGUGGAUGGAUGUGGAAAAACAGAUCCAAGCAUUUAAACGCGAUUUAUGGAAACGACUUAGCAGCGCACAAUCCACCUCGUCCAUUGGAGUGGGCAGUGUUCAAGCUGAGGAGCAUAUGGAACUCAUCGCUGCUCUCCUCGAACUGGGAGUAGAAGAUAACCCGGUAUGGGUUUGGCUUCUAAGUCGAUACGACUAUUUAAAGAACAAGAUAACUGCAUUCUGCCAGAGAUCAAGAAUUGAGAUUGAGACUCUAAGACGACGGCUAGCUAUUGGGAAGAAGCCAGAUCCACAGCUUGUCGCUCCCUACCUGCGGAACUCCUUAAAUGAAGGGCCCCGGACUAGCAGGCAUCGUCUUGACUCAGAGUCGGUAAUCGAACUAUGGGAGUGUUUACAUACCUUCCUAAAGAAACUACUCUCCGUCCAAGGUGGCAUUCUUGGAGAUGUGCUUGGAUUCUGGGAUUCCACACAGUCUUUUCUUGAUGGUAGCAAGCAGAGAUUGUUACCUGCUGGAUUCGACGGUGAGAGCCGGAGACAUCACCGCCUGUCUGCCAACGGGGUCAAUGAUCUUAAAGAUGGUAUCAUCGAACUUAUGGGCCUGAUCCGUGACAAUGUUGUCACUAUUUUCGCCGAAUCUCCCCCUGAAGAUCUGGCCUCUCUCAUCCCCUCAUCUCUGCCCACAAGUCCAACUGUACCCUUUGCCGGUUUAAGCCUGGAAUCGCGUUUAACGGCUGAUCCCCAGAAUAUCCCUCCAAUGCCAGAGAAGACAGGCCAACCCUGGGACGACUUCGCAUUUUGGCCACCUUACUCAAACUCCCUGAGUGGAGUGCAUUACCUUGGUGAAUUCUUAAUAUUAAUCGGGACUGCUGCAAGUGAAAUGGCCGCUUUAAGCCCUAUAUCCGGGCACAGUGGUUCCUACGAUAGACUCAAGCUCCUGGUGAGCGGAACCCGUGAGAGAUGCGCCCGUGCCGCUUGUGCCGCUUGGAACAGUGAUGCCGAACUAUGCAAAUACCUUGAAGAUUGGACACGACAUCAAACAAUCAAAAGUUUGAGUAAAAUGCCUAGUUAUUUUGUGACCUUUGAAUCUUCAAUCCUAUCUGGGAUGCAGAAAAUACUAUAUAUCUCCGAAUCUAUGAGAAAGCCUGGUGCAGUAGAAGUUGUUACACCUCCCCCGGCAAAGCUUCUCCAGCUUGUAAGGACGCAAUUCGUGACCAGCGUUUACAAAGCCUUGAGUGGUCUUGUUGAAAAUGCUGAACACCCAGUCAACGCUGACGUUGACGUUGAAUGGGUUCUUCCCAGUCCCGAAGCUGCGGUAACAGGGCCAGAUACUCAUUCUUCCGUCUUCGCAAGCGGGGGAGUUGACUCAAAUAACAGGAAUGUCCGUAUAUUGUUGACUCUAUCUAAUCUCAAAGCUCUCCGCACUGAGCAUGUACCGCAACUCAUCACCACGUUCGAAUCUUCAUUUGCUGUGAAAUUAACAGACGAAUCGAAAACCAUCCAAGAUGUACUGGGCCAGAUUGACACCCGUCUAUUCCAGUCAUACCUGAAGCCGAUAGUUGAAAGCCUAAAACAUACUAUCCUUGAGGGAAUCGCAUCUCCUGACUGGGUUCCAGCAAACAGUCGGCCAGAUCAAAUCCGACCAUAUGUAUAUUCAACCAUGCUCUCGCUUGUGAUGGUUCACAAUGAAGUCUCUACUACUCUACCAAUGAAAGUCCCAACUCCUCAGGGCCCCUCAUCCUCCAACCUAACCAAUAAAAUCCUAGCGGAACUACUCACUCAGGUCUCCAGCGCUCUGCUUGAGGCAUUCAUGAGACGGGCCCAGUAUACACUACCGGCACUCAUGCAAGCUACCUUGGAUACGGAGUUUAUUGCCCAAACACUAUCCCAGUAUUCCACCGACGCGGCAUCCAAGGUUCAAGGACAAAUAUACCUUGAGCUAGACCGCAGGACAACGAACGAUGCUCGUGCAAAGCUACAGGCUGAGCUUAGCGAGAUGCGUGGUGUUUUAAAGAGGUUAAGGGAAGCUACCCGCGGAGAGUUUGCGUGCUUCAGGAAGCCAAAGAACCCCAGUUCCUCGAAGUAG